AUGAGUAGCCAAGACUUGCCGCUGCUGUCCAACAUUGAGGAUGUGCGGGCCAGGCACUACCUGCUGCAGCUGCACCCAAACUUCCACUCCAAGGUAAUGCGAGGCAAGGUCAUCAUCUUCUUUGAGCCGACCACUGCCUGUGAGCGUCUGGGCGGCUGCUGUACCCGAGAGUGUUCCUGCGAUGAGAGUCAACUCGACUCCGACUCCGACGAGGAGGUACAGCCGCCACAGGAUUCCGUGAUACAGGAUGGCCAGAACUCUAAGGACAAGGACUUUGAGGUGGUGCUGGACUGCUGCGACAUCAGAGUGCGUGGCGUGAGCGAGGUGAGUAGCGAGGGGGUGGAGCUGCAGCAAUACCUGGACCCCCAGCACCAGCGUGUCUGUCCCUCCGCUGUGUCCCUGUGGUGUGGGCGGCGGCACACACCGCUGCACUACACCGUCAGCCCCUGGUGCAUCAAGAUCUGGAAGCCCGGCAUCAGGGAGGCCCAGGGAUUCCCCCGCGUGGUCUGCAUCGACUACGAGACCACGCCUCAAGGCAAGUCACUGCUGUGGCGGAGUGACCAGGACGGCAACACCUGCGUGUUCACCCCGGCGGCGGCCAUAAACAACCGCUCCCUGCUGCCCUACCAGGACCCACCCUCAGCCAUGGCCACCUGGCAGGCCUGGGUCACCGUGGGCCGUGACAAGAUAGUCAGCAUGACCGGUGAUGCCCGGCCCCUGCAGUGCCCUCCCCCAGGUGAGGACGGCACGGGGGGCGACCCGCCUACCCACAAGCCCCUGGAGGAGUGCUGCUGUGCCCCAGACCAGGAGGAGGGGCUGAUCAGACCCUCUACCAUGUGCUACUACUACCACACCACAAUGGUCCUGCCCAUUGCCACUAUUGCCAUCGCAAUCGGCAGGUGGGAGGUGGAGACCCUGUCCACAGUGCUGCCCCGCCAAGCCUCCAGAGGGCGGGGGGUCGGGAGCUGCCGCCACUACCGCUACCCUUGCCACCAGGACCCUGACAACUGGAGCUACCAGACACCACUGACCCUGGUAUAUCCACCCUCCUAUGCCAGGGCAGUCAAGCCCCUGGGCUGCUUCCUGCCCCACGCCCUGGCUGCCGCCACACGCCUACUGGGGGUGUAUCCCUGCCGCAGACUAGAGGUGGUGAUGCUGCCACAGUGCUUUGGCAGCCUGGGCCUGGCCUCACCCAAUCUCAUCUUCCUCUCCCCCACGGUGGCUAUUGACGACCCCUCGGCAUUCAUCCGCCUCGCCCAUGAGAUCAGCCACGCCUGGUUCGGGAUUGUCAUCGGAGCGCAGGACUGGACAGAGGAGUGGCUCAGUGAGGGCUUUGCCACCUACAUGGAAGACUCUAUCUACUCUGAGGCAGCCCUGGCGUACCACAGGGCGCGAUGCAACACCUCGGCCACCACCAAGGCCACCAGAGCCUCACCACGCUGCAGCCCCAAGAACCAUUCACAGGGGAGUGACGCAGAGGCAGGCGAGGAUGAAGAUGAGGAAGAAGGGGCGGCAGGAGACACCAACAGUAGCAUUGGCAACAGACCCCGGGCAGCCAAGGACAAUGGUGCCAGCCAGGAGGAGGAGGAAGAGGAGGAGGACGACGAAGAUGACGUGAGGGAGCCUUGCUACAAGUGUGAGUCCACUAAGGCUGUGUGUGGCUGUGUCAUGGUGGAGAGCUUAGCCCUUGGGGCCAGCCUGCCUCUAAAAUUGUCUUCAGGCCACAGCCUCACCAGAGACAGCCUGGAGCAGCUGUCAGACCUGCGGGCACACCUCAAGUACCGCACCCUGGCCAGCGAGGUGGAGCACUCCACAGAGGAGCUACAGACCCUUAGGCCCAUGCAGGGAGAGGGGCUGGUGGGGUCUGAUGGUGUCAGCUACGUGAAGAAUGGUCUUAACCCAGAGAAGACCUUUCUGCAGGUGCAUUACCUGAAGGGCUACUUCCUCCUGAAGUACUUGAGCCAGCUGGUGGGGCGAGACAAGUUUGACGCCAUGCUGCGGGAAUAUGUGUCGGUGUUCCACGGCCAGCUGGUUCUGUCCAGCCACAUCCUGGACUACUUCCUCAAGACCUUCCCCCACCUGGAGGCGGAGGGCCUCACACAGGAGGCGCUGAUGGAGGAGUGGCUGCACCAGCCGGGCCUCAAUGAGGAGAUCACCGACAUGUUUGGGGACGUGUCCAAUGAGUUGUUUGAGCAGGUGGGCCAGCACCUCAAGUUCUGGGAGCACUUUGACAAGUCCAAGAAGAGAUCUGGCCAGACCAUCAAGAGGGCCAAGGUGCAGCUGGAGCCCUUCCUGUUCCCUGACCAGCUGGUGCUGCUGCUGGAGCACCUGCUGGAGUUGCCCAAGGUGUACAAGCGCACUCUGCGGCAGAUCAAUGAGUACUAUGGCAUGUGGGCGCAGUGUGGGGACGUGCGCCACCGCUGGUGUGAGCUCAUCAUCAAGAGUGACUACGAGGACCUGCAGCAGGUGGAGCGCUUCCUGCUGGAGGACCAGGCCAUGGGGGUCUACCUGUAUGGAGAACUCAUCAUCUCCAGGAAUGUCAAGCACCGCCGCCUGGCAGAGCAGGUGUUCGGCAAGAUCCAGGAGGACAUGGAUGAGACCGCUCGCAUGACUGUCUUCUCCAUGCUGUAUGGGGAGUAGCCGCCGCCGCUGCAGCAGCUGGGGCACCACCCAUUGUUGUGUGAAGUAGCAACUAAGUUUCUCUCGGCACAAAAUCGGCAGACUAACCACAUUUUAGGGUUGGGGGGAGGGAGGGAGGAAGGGGAAACUAGUAUUUGAAUACCAGUGUAGAGCAGAGCUGGCAGCUGUCAGUGUGCGUGUUUGUGUGUGCGCCUGUAUGUAUGUAUGCAAGCUUGGUAUGUAUUGUGGAGAUUAGUGUCUGUGUGAAGUGAAUAGGGAGGAACCCGGCCGGCAACAUUCCCACGACUUGCGACACUGGUGUGACUUUCAGUUUGCCUUCACGUUUUGGCUCGGGCCACCGGGAGCCGAGGAAACCACUGACCAAGGGUGACUAAAUUCUGUCUUAUGCUCGAUUGGGAGAGUUUGCAACAAGGUAACACAAAAAUUAGGUUAUUGCUAUUUGUAGUGUUAAGAGUAUCAUAAUUUUCCAACUAUUUUCUACAACCAGUUUGUGAAGGACAAUCUUACUAAUAAAAAUGAGUUGCUUGACAGUG